AGACUUGGAGGUGGGCUGUGUGCAGUAAACUGGAAUGCUCUCCCUCACUCACUCCUCAGUGUAGGAGUGAUCUGAAGCAGGACAAGCUCUAACUGCAGCUGCUGUUGGCUUUGUGUGGACUGGACGCGGAGCUUGGGAGAGGGGGAGGGUUAUUACUCCAAUUCGCAGUCAGUGGAAUUACAGCUAUAGCAGCAGUAUAUAUGGGAUUGCUUUUUCUCGUCUUCCUGGAGAUGCUCAGACCCAGUAUAUUUUGAGGAAGAGAAAUGUAAACGAAAUCUAGUAUGCUUCCUUUUUUUUUUCCUACGAAGAAUAUUUGAAUUAAGCUUUACCUCUUAAAAAAGAAUACCUAUUCUUCUAUAACGUGACUGCACCAGAUAUUCUGAGAAAGCAGCAAGAAGCAAAAGCUGGAAAUAGCUAUUUCACAGCAGGUAAUCAUACCUCAGGAUAUAGCUACUGUACAAAGUUUAUACUUGGAUAAUCCUGGAUAGGAAUAAAGGUGGGGGGUAACUGACUGAAAAACCUAUUACUAUACAGGCCUUAGCAUCAUGAAUGGCUUUCUUCAUGAGGAUCUGAAGUUACUAUCUCUGACCACAUUGCACAGAAGAGCCAAUAAGAAUUUCAAAGAGAGCAAUUUCUACUAAGGGAAUUAAGCUACACAAAAGGAACCUUCACACAGAAACUCUAUCAGAAAAAAAAAAAAAAAGUGCAUAGGAAGCCAUGUGUUCUACAUAGUAACAGGAAGCUGAAUUGUUUCUGGUCCCUACUUUAAUGAGCUUGCCCACCAUGCUGAACUGCAGCUGGAAUGUUCAUUGACAACAGCGAGCCUGAUCUGGAGGUGUGUGCGGCAUAGGAUUACUUGAAUAAACAGUGAAGAACAUUUCCAAGGACUGAACAAGAGUUUAUAAGUCCCAGCCCCUCACCAGGAAAAUAAUAUAUGCGCAUUGGAUUUUCACUCACGCAAAAUUUAUUCACAUCAUUCAAUAAGGGCUCUGACGCUACCGUGUACAAAGACCUCAACACUGCUGACCAUGAUCAGCCCAGCCUGGAGCAUCUUCCUCAUCGGGACUAAAAUUGGGCUGUUCCUUCAGGUGGCACCUCUAUCAGUUAUGGCUAAGUCCUGCCCAUCCGUGUGCCGCUGUGAUGCAGGUUUCAUUUACUGUAAUGAUCGCUUUCUGACAUCCAUUCCAACAGGAAUACCAGAGGAUGCUACAACUCUCUACCUUCAGAACAACCAAAUAAAUAAUGCUGGAAUUCCUUCAGAUUUGAAAAACUUGCUAAAAGUAGAAAGAAUAUAUCUGUAUCGCAACAGUUUAGAUGAAUUUCCUACCAACCUACCAAAGUAUGUAAAAGAGUUACAUUUGCAAGAAAAUAACAUAAGGACUAUCACUUAUGAUUCACUUUCCAAAAUUCCCUAUCUGGAAGAAUUACAUUUAGAUGAUAACUCGGUGUCUGCUGUUAGCAUUGAAGAGGGGGCAUUCCGAGACAGCAACUAUCUCCGACUGCUUUUCCUGUCCCGUAAUCACCUUAGCACAAUCCCCUGGGGUUUGCCCAGGACUAUAGAAGAACUACGCUUGGAUGAUAAUCGCAUAUCCACUAUUUCAUCACCAUCUCUUCAAGGUCUCACUAGCCUCAAACGCCUGGUUUUGGAUGGAAACCUGUUGAACAACCAUGGUUUAGGUGAUAAAGUUUUCUUCAACCUAGUCAACUUAACAGAACUGUCCCUGGUACGGAAUUCCCUGACUGCUGCACCAGUAAACCUUCCAGGCACAAACCUGAGGAAGCUUUAUCUUCAAGAUAACUACAUCAACCGGGUACCCCCAAAUGCUUUUUCUUAUCUAAGGCAGCUGUAUCGACUUGAUAUGUCCAAUAACAACCUAAGUAAUUUACCUCAGGGUAUCUUUGAUGACUUAGACAAUAUAACCCAACUGAUUCUUCGCAACAAUCCCUGGUAUUGUGGGUGCAAGAUGAAAUGGGUACGUGACUGGUUGCAGUCACUACCUAUGAAGGUCAAUGUGCGUGGGCUUAUGUGCCAAGCCCCAGAAAAAGUUCGGGGGAUGGCUAUUAAGGACCUUAAUGCAGAACUGUUUGAUUGUAAGGACAGUGCAGUUGUAAGCACCAUUCAGAUAACCACUGCAAUACCCAACACGGUAUAUCCUGCUCAAGGACAGUGGCCAGCUCCAGUGACCAAACAACCAGACAUUAAGAACCCCAGGCUCACUAAAGAUCAGCGAACCACAGGGAGCCCAACAAGAAAAACAAUUAUAAUUACUGUGAAAUCCGUCACCUCUGACACAAUUCAUAUCUCUUGGAAACUUGUCCUACCUAUGACUGCUUUAAGACUCAGCUGGCUCAAACUGGGCCAUAGCCCAGCAUCUGGAUCUAUAACAGAAACUAUCGUAACAGGGGAACGGAAUGAAUACUUAGUCACAGCCCUGGAGCCUGAUUCGCCCUAUCGAGUCUGCAUGGUUCCCAUGGAAACCAGUAACCUCUACCUAUUUGACGACACCCGUGUUUGUAUUGAGACUGAAACUGCACCCCUUCGAAUGUACAACCCUACAACCACCCUUAAUCGAGAGCAAGAGAAAGAACCUUACAAAAACCCCAAUUUACCAUUGGCUGCCAUCAUUGGUGGGGCUGUGGCCCUGGUGACCAUCGCCCUUCUUGCUUUAGUGUGCUGGUAUGUUCAUAGAAACGGAUCACUCUUCUCAAGGAACUGUGCGUACAGCAAAGGGAGGAGAAGAAAGGAUGACUACGCGGAAGCUGGCACUAAGAAGGACAACUCCAUCCUGGAAAUCAGGGAGACUUCUUUUCAGAUGUUACCAAUAAGCAGUGAACCAAUCUCAAAGGAGGAAUUUGUAAUACACACCAUAUUUCCUCCUAAUGGAAUGAAUCUGUACAAAAACAAUCACAGUGAAAGCAGUAGUAACCGAAGCUACAGAGACAGUGGUAUUCCAGACUCAGAUCACUCACACUCAUGAUGCUGGAGGCCUUGUAGCAGACUGUGUUUUGGUUUUUUUAAACCUAAGGGAGGUGAUGGUAAGAACCCUGUUCUACUGCAAAACACUGGAAACAAAAGACUGAAAAAAGCAAUGUACUGUACAUUUGCCAUAUAAUUUAUAUUUAAGAACUUUUUAUUAAAAGUUUCAAAUUUCAGGUUACUGCUGCGAUUGAUGUAGUGGAGAUGCCUGAACACAAUUCUAUAUUUUAGUAUUUUUUAGUAAUUUGUACUGUAUUUUCCUUGCAAAUAUUGAAGUUAUAAACCAUUUACUUUGUGUUCUACUGAGUAAGAUGACUUGUUGACUGUGAAAGUGAAUUUCCUUGCUGUGUUGAACAAUCAGGACUGAGUUCACAUGAGAUCCUUGUAGUAUAAGCACAGGCCAUUUUUCACUUUGGUAUUAAUAAAAUGUAAAAAAAAAAAAACUGGCUGAAUGAGAAAAA